AUGUCAACCAUGAAGGCCAUUGUCAUUGAAAAGUUUGGCGAACCAGACGUGCUCACCGUCAAAGAUGUGCCCAAACCGGAACCCAAGCCUGGCUUCGUUCUGAUUCAAGUCAAAGCUUUUGGAGUCAACCAUGCCGAAAUGCACAUGCGGAAGGGUGAAUGGGCCGAAUCGAUGCCCAUCAGUGGCAUUGAAUGCGUUGGGGUUGUCGAAGCUUGUCUCGGCAACGAGUUUACACCAGGAACAAAGGUGGCUGCCUUGAUGGGCGGAUUGGGUCGAGCCAUCAACGGGAGUUAUGCUCAGUAUACUCUAGCACCGGUCAACAAUGUCACCAAGAUUGAUGUCGACUUGCCGUGGGAGACCCUCGCAGCAAUCCCCGAGUCUUUUGCGACCGCCUGGACCUGUCUGUUCCGCAACUUGGAGUUGAAACUGGGUCAGACGCUGCUCAUCCGAGGUGCUACGUCGGCACUGGGCCAGGCAGCGCUGAAAUUGGCCGUCAAUGCUGGCGCCAAAGUUUCCGCAACCAGUCGCAACGAGAGUCGAUUUCCAAUGCUCAAAGCCAUGGGAGCCGCCGAAGUCAUCUUGGAACAACAAGACCUUGCCCAGCGCCUACACCAGGCUAACCAUCCCAAAUUUGACACCGUCCUCAACCUCGUCGGGAACAGCGUGCUCCUUGAGACUUUGACCGUCAUCAGACGUGGCGGAAGGAUGUGUCUUGCAGGCUUUCUAGGAGGAUUGGCACCAGUCGCCGACUUCAAUCCACUGGCCCAGAUGGCGAGCGGAGUCCAUUUCAGCUUCUUCGGUAGUUUUGUGUUCGGGACACCGGAGUUCCCGGUCUCUGACGUUCCACUGGAAGAUGUCGUCAGAGAUGUCGCGGAAGGGAGGCUCAGUGUCAAGCCAGCCAGGGUGUUUGCAUUUGAGGAGAUCAGAGAGGCUCAUCACUUGAUGGAGAAGAGUCAGGCAGGCGGGAAGAUGGUGGUGGUUGUUUGA